AUCCGUGUGGAUGGGAUCUCGGCGCCGGCCCAGAAUGCUCUGCUGUACGAGACGGUGACGGUGGUGGAGGGGAAACCGAUCCUGAGAGACAUGGUGUUCAGUCCAGACCAUCAGUACAUCUACCUGCUGAGCGACAGACAGUUAACCAUCCGGGUGCAGAACGUCCCGGCUCUGUCCGGUGGCGUCUCCUGUGUGUUUGAGGACCUGAGUGAAAGCCCUGGCGAGGUGCAGGCUAAAGGUCAGGUGAUGUGUUUGUCUCCUUCACUGAGGGACCUGCCGUCACACACACACACAUACGGUGAGAAACGUGUGGUUCAGCUCAGUCUUCGCUCCACAGAGACGGGACAUCAGUUCAUCACCACCAGCUUCGUCUACUACAACUGCUCUGUGCUCAACUCGUGCACUUCCUGUGUCAGCAGCAUGUUUCCAUGUCAUUGGUGUAAAUAUCGUCACAUCUGCACCAACAACCUGCAGGACUGUUCUUUCCAGGAGGGACGAGUCAGCAACAUGGAGGGCUGUCCUCAGAUCCUCCCCACCUCUGACAUCCUGGUUCCAGCCGGGAUGGUUCGUCCAAUCACGCUGCGAGCUCGUAACCUCCCUCAGCCGCAGUCGGGUCAGAAGAACUACGAGUGCGUGUUCAACAUCCAGGGCAAAGUUCAGCGAAUCCCCGCCGUCCGCUUCAACUCUUCCUGCAUCCAGUGUCAGAACACUUCG